ACUGUCACACACACCCGUAUGUAGUUAUGUUAUUUCAUCGCAAAGAGUACUUUUCUCUUAGGUUACUGUAUUUAAUUCAACUCGUUAGAGUGAGGAAAGUGUUCCAAAAACUGAUCGACAAAACAUAAAUUGCUAAUACAAUCAUCGAAGAACCUACUUUGUGUACAUUUCACUUAAAAAUGGCUACUGAUGAAUAUGGAAGCCUAAUCAAAGAGGAGGAUGAAUCUGCUCUGGAAGAACAAAUUUACAAAGAAAAAUGUGAUGCACCGGUAAUUGUUAUUUCAAAGAUGGAAUUUGAGUCAGAAAAUAUCAAAAGUGAAAAUGUCGCUGGUGUUGUUUAUUAUGAUCUGAAUUCUGAAAAGUGCCUGGAAGAAGGAAAGGGGGGAUUACAUUGUGAGGUGUGUGGAGGUUUGUCUUUUACAACUGAUUUCUUCAGCCCUGAUAGUUUGGAAUCCAUUUGUAACUGUCUUCACCAGAAUGAGUCUAAUGCUAUGCAAGGUGAAGAUAUGACUUGGGACUUCAAACCAUUUAACAUUGGUGCAGAUUCUUCAAACUUUCAUUUUAAAAUUAAGAAAGAAACACUAGUUGUGAAGGAAGAGGAGGUAGACAACGAAAAUGUGCCAUCAACGUUAUGUGAAAACAAAAUUUCUGUUGAAAGUUUUCAUGUUGUUAAUCAUGAAACGCCAAUUAAAACUGAGGAAGUUGAUGAAACAUUUAGAUCUGGGUACGAUUUGAAUUCAGUCGGGCAGAGGAUUCAAGAAGAAAACGAAAUGUGCUCAAAAAAUUUGAAUAAAAGGACUGAUAUUGGAAACAGACCUAUAAAGAAAAUAUUUAAUUGUAAAGUUUGCAAAAAAUCAUUCUCUCACAGUUGUUAUUUGAAAAGACAUGAAAUAGUUCAUACUGUAGAAAAACCCUUCCAGUGUAAAAUAUGCUUUAAGUUUUUCACUCGCAAAGAUAGUUUGACAUCGCAUGACAAAAUUCAUACUGGUGAAAAACCAUUUCAAUGUAAAAUUUGCUUGAAGUCAUUCAUUCAAAGAAGUAACUGGAAGUCCCAUGAAAAAAUUCAUACUGGUGAGAAACCAUUUCAGUGUAAAAUCUGUUCUAAAUCAUAUAUUCGAAAGAUUCUCUUGAAAUUGCAUGAAAAAGUUCACACUGCUGAAAAAGCAUUCCAGUGUAAAGUCUGCUCCAAGUGUUUCCCUCACAAUGAAAGUUUGAAACUGCAUGAAAAAAUUCAUACUAGCGAGAAACAAUUCCAGUGUAAAAUCUGCUCUAAAUCUUUCCUUAGAAAAUUUUAUUUGAAAACACAUGAAAAAAUUCAUAGUGGUGAAAAAUCAUUUCAGUGUAAAGUAUGUUCUAAAUCGUUCUCACAAAGAAGUAAUUUGAAAGUACAUGAAACGAUUCAUACUUGUCAAAAACCAUUUCAGUGUAAAAGCUGCUUGAAGUCAUUCGCUAGCAAAGCUAGUUUGAAAUUGCAUCAAAAAAUUCAUACUGGCGAAAAACCAUAUCAGUGUAAAAUCUGCUCUAAAUCUUUUAUUCAGAAAAUGCAUUUGAAUUUGCAUGAAAAUAAUCAUACUGGCGAAAAAUCAUUUCAGUGUUAAAUCUGCCCCAAGUCAUUCAUUUAAGGAGGUGAUUUGAAAAGACAUGAAAAAAUUCAUGUUGGCAAAAAACCAGUUCAUUAUAAAUGUAUUGUCAAGUCUAUGGGUAUUUCAAUAAGGUUAUUAAUAAAAAUACAACAAAAAUGAUUGUAAAACAAACCAAUAGUUGACUUACUAAAAGUCUCUUUCAGGAUAUCUUCAAGGGAAACUCACAUUUUUGUUAUAUGGUGAUGUAUUAUUUAUAUUGAUGGGCCAAAAUGAUUAUAGAACCACAUGAAGUGAAUAACAUUAUUCUAACUGGAGUUCAAUGUGAUGUUCAAUAUGAAAAAAUGCCAAUAGUUAUAAUAGUAAUAAUGAGUUUAUUUACCUAUAAAGCUACUAAAUGAAAAUAUCAACACAAUUCAAACACAUUAUAAUGGGUUGAAAACAUGAAUUAUAGAAUUAUAUUAUUUUCAAGUAA